UGUGCUAACACAUCUUUCCAGGGAACCAAGUUUAUCACGGCUCCGGCACUGACAGAGCACCAGGGGCAGGGCAAGGAGCGCUCUGCCAGCCUUCCUCCAUGGGCUGCGGGCGCUGAUCCUGCCUGGGAGAGCCACACACAGAGCUGGGGGAGAGGAGCCCAGCCUGGGCGACACUGGAGGGGCUGCAGCAGGAGAGAUGAUUGCAGAGGUGCUGAGCAGCGCCCUGGGGCUUGUCCUGUAUCUCAACACCCUGGGAGCUGAUUUCUGCUAUGAUGACAGCCGAGCCAUCAAAACAAACCAAGAUCUCCUUCCAGAAACUCCUUGGACCCAAAUCUUCUUCAACGAUUUCUGGGGAACUUUGCUGACUCACAGCGGCAGCCAUAAAUCAUAUCGACCACUAUGCACUUUGUCUUUUCGCCUUAACUAUACCUUUGGAGGUCUAGACCCAUGGGGCUACCACCUUGUCAAUGUCCUGUUGCACUCUGCAGUCACGGGUCUGUUCACAAACCUUUGUAAAGUACUAUUUGGCAGUGGAUGCUGGACUCUCAUUGCUGGAUUUUUAUUUGCUUGCCAUCCGAUACACACAGAAGCUGUUGCAGGGAUUGUUGGACGGGCUGACGUGGGAGCUGGACUCUUCUUUCUGCUUUCGUUACUGUGUUACGUGAAGCAUUGUUCCACCAGAGGAUAUUCAAUCAGGAGCUGGUGCUGGAUCUUCUGUGCAGGACUAUGUGCGAUGUGUAGCAUGCUAUGGAAGGAGCAGGGAGUCACCGUUCUAGCAGUGUUAGCGGUGUACGAUAUAUUUGUAUUUCACAAGCUAAAAAUUAAGGAGAUUAUCCUGGCAUUGAAUAAGAGAAAGAAUGUGUCCUUCUUCUUCAGUGUUGGAUUGCUUGUCGCCUGGGGAGUUUUUUUGCUGGGGGCUCGGUUUUACUGGAUGGGGAAUAGACCGCCAAGUUUCUCGAACUCUGACAACCCAGCUGCAGACUGCGACGUUCUUCUCACACGUACCCUGACCUUUCUGUACUUGCCAACUAAAAACCUGUGGCUGCUUUUUUGCCCGGACACACUCAGCUUUGAUUGGUCGAUGGAUGCUGUGCCUCUCAUUAAAUCAGUCAUUGACUGGAGGAAUAUACACACCGUGGCCUUUUACAUUUUGCUCUUCCUCCUUGCCUACUCAAGUCUGAAGAGUCCGUCUACAAAAAGAGAAAGCAAUGGGAAACUGUUCAUGAAUGGCAAGCAGAAUACUAAUGGUCAUAGCUGUCAAUCAGAUGUAGAUUACAAAAACUCAGAGCAAAGACCUACCAUUGUCUCAAAACUUGAAAAUGGUGUAAAAAACCAUAUUUCCCAAGAACUGCAACUUCCUUCAACAGAAAACAUUGUUGUUUUAGCUUUAUCCUUAUUGAUAGUACCCUUUGUGCCCGCUAGUAAUCUAUUUUUCUAUGUUGGCUUUGUUAUUGCAGAGCGUGUAUUAUAUAUACCCAGUAUGGGUUUUUGUUUACUAAUAACCGCAGGGCUAAGAGCCCUUUAUAUCAAGUCGCAAACAAGCUUUCUCAAAAGCCUAAUUUUUUAUGCUACUGCUGCGUUAAUAGUUUUUUAUGGACUAAAGACUGUUGUCAGGAACGAGGAUUGGAAGAAUGAAGAAAUGCUUUAUAGAUCUGGAAUACAAGUAAAUCCAGCUAAAGCUUGGGGGAAUCUUGGGAACGUCCUGAAGAGCCAGGGCAAAAUUGCGGAAGCUGAGACUGCUUAUAGAAAUGCUUUGUACUACCGUAGCAACAUGGCCGAUAUGCUGUAUAAUUUAGGAUUGUUGCUUCAGGAAAACAACAAGUUUUCAGAGGCCCUACAUUACUACACACUAGCAAUUGGUAGCAGGCCUACGCUAGCAUCUGCUUACUUGAAUACAGGGAUAAUCCUCAUGAAUCAGGGAAGGACAGAAGAUGCCAGGAAGACUUUUCUAAAGUGUUCAGAGAUCCCAGAUGAAAAUCUAAAAGAUCCAAAUGCUCAUAAAAGCUCUGUGACCAGUUGUCUUUACAACUUGGGAAAAUUAAUGCAUGAACAAGGGCAGUAUGAAGAUGCUCUUGAUGUAUAUAAAGAGGCAAUGCAGAAAAUGCCAAGACAAUUUGCACCGCAGAGCUUAUACAACAUGAUGGGAGAAGCUUACAUGAGGUUAAACAAGGUGCAUGAAGCAGAACACUGGUACGUGGAGUCACUGAGAUCAAAACCAGAUCAUAUCCCAGCACAUCUCACAUAUGGAAAGCUACUGGCCUUAACGAGCCGCAAAAACAAAGCUGAGCGUUACUUUCUGAAGGCAAUUGAACUGGAUUCCACCAAAGGAAACUGUUAUAUGCAUUACGGUCAGUUCUUGCUUGAAGAAGGACGCCUCCUAGAAGCUGCAGAGAUGGCAAAAAAAGCAGCAGAACUUGACCACUCUGAAUUUGAUGUUGUCUUCAAUGCUGCUCACAUGUUAAGGCAGGCCAGUCUCAAUGAAGCAGCAGAAGCGUAUUACAAAAUGGCAGCAGGGCUGAGACCCAAUUAUCCUGCUGCCUUGAUGAAUCUAGGAGCCAUUCUUCAUCUGAACGGGAAAUUAGAAGAGGCAGAAGCAAACUAUCUCCGGGCACUUCAGUUUAAACCAGACGAUGUGAUCACACAGUCGAACCUUCGCAAGUUGUGGAAUAUCAUGGAGAAGCAAGGCCUAAAGACAUCAAAAACGUGACACUAAAGUAUUAGAGACUUUUGACCAAAUGUCAGAUUCUAAAAUUGGACAUGCGGGAAGCUGAAUGUUGAGAGCUGGAAGCUAGGUUUCCUGCUAGUGUCUAGGAAGGUUUUAGUGCUGCUGUGAGAGGUCGACGCUUACUGGCAUUGUAGUUCUAUGUUUUAAAAAAAAGAAAAAAAAAAAGGGAAUUGAUGAAUGGGGGUUAGAAAAUCUCCGAAAGGGAAUGUGCUUGCAUUAGCCCUGGUAAAGAAAGGCACUUAAAUGAAAGAUCUGUCUGUAUAGAACACACCAUAAUCGGUUGUGCACAACGCUUGAACAGGCUGAAAUAAAUAACAGCCUCUAAAACUAUAUAAAAAAGACUUAUUGUCUUAAAUAAUUUCUUAAUUAUUACUAAAAUAAUUCAUUUGAAAUGAGUGGGUCUAGUCCGUUUCUCAAAGAUAAUUAACAAAAUAAGAUACAUUAAGAAAAUGUAUUUCUUGAGAAUGUAGCUCGGUAAUCAGGCACCAAACCACUUUCUAGAAUAUUUCUUAAUCUGAUUGCGGUCAGUCUUAAGGAAGUAAACAAAUGCAUUUUAAAUAUAAUUUAUUUAUAAUUUUUACUAAAUAUUGUAACUUUUUUUAAAAUGAACACUUUUAGUUUCAGGUGCCCUGG